CUAAUUUUCUUUGAUUCAUUCCCAAUUUCUUUCAUUUAGGUUAUUGUCUAUUCGUAUGUGGACUGUUGUGGCAUAAAUAAACGACUGAAAAUCUUAUUGUUUACAUUUUAUGCAAAGCCAUCGUUUACAGUUUAUACAAAGGCAUUGUUCUGUACAUUUUGACAAAAAAAAAAUCCAGUUUGGCAGUAUCAAUAAUUCACUUAAUUCGUCUGUGGUUUGAUAUCUCCAAGCUUUUGUAGUGGCUAACUAAAAUAGUUUAAUGGGGAAACUGUAUUGCGGUAUAGCUUCUUUUGUUUAUAUCUACUCACUUGAUCUUGUAACAAAUGGGAACAGAGGGUACUUACAGUGGCGGAGCCAGAACUUUUGUGGAGCCUGGGCGAGUUUGAGUCUAAUUGUUUAAACUGAAAAUAAAUAUUGGAUAUUUCGAGGAAUGGGAUCUUUUUCCCAGCUGGGGCCACUUGCCAUUGAGACAAGCAUGGGGCAAAUCAUCAAACUCCAUGUAAAGUGGAUAUACAACAUAUAAAAUAGCACCAAACUUUCGAACGACAAAUGCAAAUAAAUAAUGUAUAUAGUAAAAAUAUAAACACAUAGCCCUAUAAAUGUAAUUAUAAAAUAAACUACUCCCUCCAAUCAAAACCACGAUGCUAAUUUUGGAUCGGAUGGAGUGUAAUAUAUAUAUAAUAUAACAUAUCAAUGUUUAGUUUCAUACACAGAAAUUCAUCAUCUAUGAAAUUUAAUAAUUUAAAAUUUUAAGUUAGCAUCUAUUUAGAACAAAUCCAUAAACUAAAGACUAGGCUCAUGAAGAUGUGAUCAUCCCCAAUGGCCAAAAUAAUCCCUGUGCCCCAACCUAAAAAUUUAAGUACUAAAUUUAUCAAUCUCUAAAUCUGUUAGUAGACUUAUCUGAUCAGAAAGGAAGGGACAAGCAGACCAGGAUGCAAGUUGAUCCUUGGGAUGGACCCGCUCCGGCCGCUGUCAGCCGCGAGCGGCGCGCCCUGGCCAGCCUCCUUACGCCGCCGCCAGUCCCUCUCCACGAUGGAUGAGAAACGGACAAGCCAAAGGGCCAAACUCCGACGGCUCGUGUUCUUCUCGAGUAGUAAUAGUUCUGGAAAUAAAAUGGGCUUUCACUGUUAACUAGCCCAUUACUCAACUAUUUAUUUAACCGGCCGUUGGUAGGCCUGGUUAAUUAGCCCAUUACAGAUUACUAAAGAAAGCCUAACAUACAUGUCUGCCCGGGUAAACCACACGAAUCCCACGAUGCAGAACAGGAUUUCUCCCAUUGUUUAUUAGCUGCGUACGUUGUCCAGUAGCCAGCGAGCCCGGGCAAGUGCCCAGGGUCGCCGGGCGCUGGCUCCGCCCCUGGGUACUUACUAAUGACAAUGAUUCAGAAUUUGAAAACUUUUGCGUUCUUCUUUAGCUUGGCCCGCCUAACAAUUUCUUUGUAGCUCGCCACAGCGACGAAAUCAACGCUACUCCAGCUUUCCGAUCUAAUACUAAUCCAGCAGUUCGUGUUUCUGCUAAGACUAGAGUAGUGAAGAUGUGGCGGCGGCCGCAAGCUGUCCUGUGUCGUGUCUCGCUGGCGAACCUGUCUCCAGCGGCAUGGGCUGGUGGUGGGGCCAGCUACCAUGGCUCCUCGUCAGAGGGGGGGAAGGGAAAGGCGGCGCCUUUGCAGGCACGUGGGAUGGUGGACAGGUUCCGGCUACUUGCCAGGGGUGGCGACGGUGGCAAUGGCUGCAUCAGCCAAAGGCGCUCCAGGUCCGACCGCCAAGGCAGGCCCGAUGGUGGUGAUGGAGGAACAGGUGGUAAUGUCAUUCUUGAGUGCUCAAGAUCUGUCUGGGAUUUCAGUAACUUGCAACAUCACACGAAAGCAGUCCGAGGAGGCAAUGGACUUUCUAAGAAACAGAUAGGGACAAGAGGUCCUGACAAGGUCGCACAAGUACCAGUUGGCACAGUGAUUCAUCUAGUCCGAGGGGAGCGACCGUCUUUCACUGUAAAUAAACCAACCAGAUCUCUAGAUCCAUGGGAUAUCCCAGAUGCUGUGGAUGACUCUGCAGACAGUUCCAAUCAGAAGAACAAGGAUGGCAUUAAUGGAUAUGAAGCUGAAAGAGAAAGAAGCAAUCAGUGGGAGAAGCAAACAUACCCUAGUGCAUGCUCCAAGGCUAGGUUUUCGAACGCUGAAGAUAGCGAUGCAAGUAGCAUUCAACCUCAGGUCGAUUUGGAUGAAAAUGAUCAGUUUGAUGAUGACGAUGAAGAAUUUUGGGAGGAUGAAGAAGAGACGGAGGAAGAGGCUCUAGAUGCAGAUGAGGAGGGGGAAGAAGAUGAUAUACAGUAUUCUGUUGCUGAAAUGACAAGACCUGGGCAACGGUUGAUCGUAGCACAAGGAGGGGAGGGUGGGCUAGGGAAUGCUUCUAUCGGCAGAGACGUCCGUCUAUCCAAAGGAAAUAGACAAGAGGAGGUAGCCCGUUUAAGUACUGGACAGCCAGGAACAGAGUCUUUUCUUGUCUUAGAACUGAAGAGCAUUGCUGAUGUUGGCCUUGUUGGUUUGCCAAAUGCCGGAAAGAGCACACUUCUGAGUGCUCUCUCUAGGGCUCGCCCGGAGAUUGCUGACUAUGCGUUCACCACACUAAGGCCCAAUAUUGGUAGCCUAACCUACGACGACUACUUGUCAGUGAAAGUUGCUGACAUACCUGGUCUUAUCAAAGGUGCCCAUGAGAACCGUGGCCUGGGCCAUGCCUUCUUGAGGCACAUUGAGCGCACCAAAGUUCUGUCCUAUGUGCUUGACCUGGCAGCAACACUCAACGGUAGGAAGGGUAUCCCACCAUGGGAGCAGCUACGCGAUCUGGUGGUGGAGCUAGAGCAUUACCAAGAAGGCAUGACAAAGCGGCCAUCGUUGAUUGUUGCAAAUAAAAUAGAUGAAGUGGGAGCUGACGAGAUGUAUGAAGAACUGAAGAGGAGAGUGCAAGGUGUUCCGAUAUUUCCAGUGUGCGCCAUCUUGCAAGAGGGAGUACCUGAUCUGAGAGUUGGCCUGAGAGACCUUAUGGAUGCCUCGGAUCCGCAAGGUGUCGAUUUGAGCAAAGUUAUUGUAGACUAAAAGGCUUUGCCCCUCGUUGGAGAAGAAUUGUUCUCCAAUUUUUUCCCCUUGAGCACUGUCUGCUUACAGAUGCACUGUAGACCCGUGUUGCAAAAAUUGCUCUAAUUUUCUGUGUUGCAGAAUAGAUCAUCCAUUGUAUUAGAAAAUUCAGUGUAAUAAUAACUAAGGGUAACCAGUAUGUAUGCUUUGGUCUUUGAUAGGAACAGCAAUGCGUACUACCAAAAAGGUUCAUUCAAGUGCUGUUUCUAGUGUCCUAAAUAUUACAGUAAUUUUUUGUGUGGAAAUAAAUAUAAUUUGAUUUGCA